AUGCUGCAAGAAGAGAGAACGGUUAAUGAGAUAGAGCCACCUGAGGACAGGACCAGAACACUUCCAGAUGAGAUCCUAGAGCACGUGAUAUCAUUCCUGCCGGCGCAGGAGGCAGUGCAAACCUGCGUGCUCGCUAAGCAUUGGUGCCAUCUCUGGAAGUCUAUGCCUACCUUGCGCAUCAUCGCUAAUGAGUGGCUCGACGAGGAGGGUGUCAAAAAGCUUAACAUGUUCAUUAAAUCUUUGUUGCUCAAGCGUAACAACAGUGCACAGAUUGAUGUUUGUGAGGUAGAAAUAGGUGAGUACAGCGAUUAUGGGGAUGAUCCACAGGUUGACCAAUUGGUUCGUGAUGCUCUGUUGUGCCAAGCUCGGAUCAUCAGGAUCACAGUGUCCUCAGAAUUCAAUUGGGUUCGCUUAGGUGGCCCGCCUUUCAUAUCCCAGCACUUGACAAGGUUAGAGCUUACACAAGUGGAUCUGCAAGAUGAUGUUCUUGAUUACUCUAGCUGCCUAGCAUUGAAGAACAUAUUGAUGAGAGGUUGCUUCAUUCAGAAUAAGAAUAUAUCAUCCCAAUUCCUUGAGGAGCUGACUAUUAUCAAUUGUACAUUUCAUUCACAUGGCCGGGCUCAUAUAUCUGCCCCAAGUCUUGUUAGGCUAGAACUUGUUGAUUGUGAUGGUGCUACUCCUAUGAUUGAAGGCAUGCCAUCAUUGAUAAAGGCAACAAUCAGAUUAUAUGGCUCUGAGGAUGUUUGUGGAAAAGAAGAAUUCGGCGGCACUUGUUCUACAGUCAUAUGUCAUAAUUGUGGUAGUCUUUCUAAUGAGGAUUUCAACAGACAUUGUGUCCUUAUGAAGGGUUUGUCAGGGGCUGAGAGCUUAGAGUUAAUGGCUGAAUCUGGAGUGGCACCUGACAAUUGGGAUGAAAUGGAAGGAAGCUAUGAUCCAUCAGCACAACCACUUGCGUUAUCCAAGAAAUUGAAGCUAGUUGAAAUUCAUUAUGAUGAGCUUGAUAGGAGGGUUCACAAUGUUAUUAGGAUCAUGAAAUCUCAUCCUAAUUUUGAAGAAGUGAAUGACGAGGAGCCGUUCGAGAACUUCCAAGAGCAGGACUUUGAAGACUUCGACCAGCAGCAAGAGACUGAGCAAGGCAAGUAUAUUCUUUGA